AUGAUUUUUCAUCCCGUUGAUACCAUUGCCAAGCGUCUUAUGACUCAUAAAGAGCCUAUACACGGCCUCAUUGGUCUGAAUCAAGUGAUAUUCCGUCAUGCCUAUGAAAAGCCCAUACUGCAACGCUAUCGUUCCCUCUUUCCAGGUCUUGGCUUUGCUGCUGGUUAUAAGGUCUCGCAGCGUAUUUACAAGUUUGGUGGACAGCCGGUGGUCAAAGAUUACAUGAUUACAAAUCAUGCUGCUUUUUUUGAACAUACAUUUGGCGAGCGUAAUGCCAAGACCAUGAUGCACGCUUCAGCUGGUAGUCUCAUUGGUGUUGGUGAAAUUGCUCUAUUGCCAUUGGAUGUGCUCAAAAUCCGUGCCCAGACGAAUCCAGCGGCUAUCGCCGGUAAGGGCGUGGCCCACAUCUUCAAGACAGAGGGCUUCGCACUGUACCGUGGCGCAGCCUGGACUGCUGCACGUAAUGCGCCCGGCUCAUUCGCGCUAUUUGGUGGAUCAGCUCUUGCCAAGGAGUACAUUUUCCAAUUGAAAGACUACAACAAUGCGACCUUUUUUCAGAAUUUUGUAGCCUCUAUUUCGGGUGCUUCAGCUAGCAUCAUCGUGGCACAGCCGCUGGAUGUAAUCAAAACGCGUAUCCAGUCGCGUCCAUUUGACUCACCGGAAAGUGGCAUGACAAUUGUGCGCAACCUGCUCAAGACGGAAGGCCCUGGUGCUAUGUUCAAGGGUCUGAUCCCCAAGCUGUCUGUGGUCGGCCCCAAGCUUGUGUUCUCGUUUGCUGUUGCUCAGCACCUGAUUGCGUACUUUGAAAAGUGCUUUAACUCGUAA